AUGAGGUCGUUAUUCAAGCUUCUACCGGCCCUGCUGCUUCUACAGACUUGUGCAGCCGGGCCUAGUCAACAGCCACUUACGGACCAAAAACUAUCAUCGGAAGUUGGAAGUGAUGAUCACCAUGAAUAUCCAUUUCCCACGGAGGAAGCAGUUCCCCGGCCCAUGACCCAACGAGUCGAACAUGCAUGGGAUCUACUCCGCUCAAUAAAACCUACAACUCAACAAACCGACAAGUCGCUGGGCUUGCUUGGGACAGGUACACAUUACGGCCGCCAAGCGUUCCGACUAUUAUUCAUGAAUGGCCCCAAGAUUGAGAAUCCCGAACCCAAGCUGAAUCCCCGUGUUGCAACUGCAGUACGGGAGCUGAAGGCUGCGGUGGAAGAAGACCGAGACCCAGACGCGUUGUUCUUGUUGGCGGAGAUGAACUUCUACGGCAACUUCUCUCACCCCCGAGACUUGAAAGCGGCUUUUCAAUGGUACCACGAGUUGGCUUGGUUGGAUGGAAACAACACGGCACAGAACAUGGUUGGCUUCAUGUAUGCGACGGGUAUUGGUGGUGCUGUGGAGCGCGAUCAGGCCAAGGCUCUCAUGUACCAUGAAUUCGCGGCGGAGACGGGAAACACACGGUCUGAGAUGACCCUGGCAUAUCGCUACCAUUCUGGAAUUGGGACACCGAAGAACUGCGAUCGCGCAAUCCAUUACUACAAAAAAGUUGCGGAUAAGGCUGUCCAGUACUACCGGUCUGGUCCACCAGGUGGUAGCGCUUUGGUCAGAGAAUCAUACCGCUGGGCUGAUGAAGAAGGUGGUGUCUACGGCCCUGGAGCUAGUAUGUCAAGCUCCGGGCCAAAUGCCCGAGACGCUGCUAAUGCGGGACCCGAGGCCAGCGUAGAGGAUAUUCUUGAAUACCUGGACCUCAUGUCUCGCAAGGGCGAGAUGAAGGCCACCUAUACUCUCGGAAAGAUGAAUUUCGAGGGUGCCCGUGGAUUGCCUCGUAAUUUCCGACGUGCUAUGAGGUAUUUCAAGGUUGUGACCAAGAGGUACUGGAAUAAAGACGGUUCCACCAACUCAAACGCGCAAGCAGGUCUUGAUAAGCUGGCCGCCAAAGCUGCCGGACACAUUGGUCUGAUGUAUCUUCGCGGCGAAGGAGUCGAGCAACACUAUCCGACGGCUCUUACAUGGUUCCGACGCGGUGUUGAGAACGGUGACUCUCUGUGCCAGCAUUGGAUGGGCCUGGUGUACCUCAACGGGUAUGGGGUCCCUCAAGAUGGCUUCAGAGCGUCAGAAUACUUCAAAGCUGCGGCUGAUCAGGAUCUCCCGGCGUCAGAGUCGCGACUGGGUGCUCUGUUUUUGGACCAAGGCGAUAUCGAAACCGCAACUCGCUACUUCGAGCUCGCUGCCCGCUAUGGAUGGAUGGAGGCAUACUACUACCUAGCAGAAAUGGCGAACUUUGGCAUCGGAAGACAGCGACACUGUGGCGUUGCCACUGCUUACUAUAAGAUGGUCGCCGAGAAAGCCGAGAUUGUCCAUUCGGCCUUUGCGGAGGCGAAUCAUGCGUACGAAACCGAUGACAAAGAAGGGGCUCUCAUUGCAGCCAUGAUGGCAGCCGAACAAGGCUAUGAAAAUGCUCAAGCAAAUGUGGCCUAUCUACUCGAUGAGCAUCGCUCUGUGUUAUCGCUCAGUUCGGUUCUUCCAUGGGCUGAAAAACCACGGCCUUCCAUGCUGCGCAAUGCAGCACUGGCACUGAUCUACUGGACACGGUCUUCCAAACAGGCUAACAUCGACUCCCUGCUGAAAAUGGGUGACUAUUAUCUGUCUGGCGUUGGCUCGACUCUCGACCCCGAAAAGGCAUCAACUUGCUACCAUAACGCUGCUGAGGCCCAUCAUAGCGCGCAGGGUUAUUGGAAUUUGGGCUGGAUGCAUGAAAAUGGCGUGGCGGUGGACCAAGACUUCCACAUGGCCAAGCGGUAUUAUGACCUAGCGCUCGAUCUCAGCCCCGAAGCCUAUCUACCAGUAAAAAUGAGCUUGCUCAAGCUCCGAAUUCGUGGAUACUGGAAUCGUAUCACCAAUGGAAACAUCAACAACAUCCGUGAUGAAGAAGCAGAGUCGCGACCCCGUCGAACAUUCCGAGAAUGGAUCACCGCUUUCAUCGACAACGACGAAGAGAGUUAUUACGAAGACCUUUAUGAACGCCCGGGAGACGACGACGAAUACCGCGGGUUGGAUUCUGAGAGCCACGAGGAUGGCUACUACGAUGAUUUGGAUCUCGAUAUCGACGAAAGUAUGCUCGAAGGUCUGCUUAUUGUCGGGCUUGCUGCUACCCUGUUGGUGCUGGUCUACUUCCGACAGCAACAGCAACAGCGCAAUCGUCAAAACGACAAUGCAAAUGGCCAGAAUGGAAACGCCAAUGCCAACGGCAACGCAAAUGCGAACGCCAACGACAGAGGCUUUUUCCCGCCGCCUGGAGAUCCUGAAUUUGCGCAAUGGGUAGCAGGAGGAGUCGGACAUUGA